AUGAAAUAUAACAUCAUACUAUUAUUUUUGAAACGAGAACAUCUUAUACUUUUAACUAAGAUAUCCUUAUUAAAUCAACAAGACUCAACAUGCGAAUCAAAAAUUAACUCCAUUGAAUUAGAAAUUCAAAGAUAAGAAAAGUUACUCCUUAAAUCAAAAUGGACUCCAUCUGAAUUAGAUUUUAUCAAGUAGUAAAUUCUCUAAAUAGCCAAUCUUACCUUCUCUUAUUAUAAAUUACAUUUCCCAAUCAAUUCUUCUGUCUCUAUCAAAGAACAUAUCAAAUUUAUUCAAAUAAUAAAACAUUUAAACUAUAACGGGACAAUCUUGAAUGACAUUUUUAAAUAAUAAAGAGUAUAUAACAAUCCAUUAUAUAGUGUAGAUUACAAUUUGAAAGAAUGAAAUUACUUAAAUCUCAAAAAUUAAUUGACGAACCUAUUCAUCCUAAAAUUGCCAAUUAUAAAAUAGACUAUGCUUAUGUCUAAUACUUAUUCAACAGAUAUUAUAAUCCAAAAACUCUAGAUUAUAAAUAGCCAUAUCAAAUACUUAAUUUAUUGGUGAAAAAAAAAAUGUAUAGAAUAAAUAAUCGUGUUUGCAUGAGUAUUACUAGUCUAGAAGAUGUUCCUCAAUUAUAAUUAAUCAAUACUAAUCUUAUUUAACCAAUAUUAAAUUAUGAUUAAUUCAACAGUACUUUUGAAAAAAGAAUGAAUAAAUUGAUGAAUCGAAACUCCCAAAUAUAACAGUCUAUACUUUAAUAUAAUCAUCUCUAUUAUAAUUAGAGAUCUUCUUUUUAAAAUUGCAAAACUUCUGACGAUCUUCCAAUUUUGUAAAGAUAAAAAUUAAAUCAAAAUUUUGAAUCUGAUAUCUUAAUUCUUCCUGAUCAUAGAACACAACGAACUAAUUAUAGAUUUGCAAAAUUAUUAGAAAAGUAAGAAAAUAAAAAUUUAAAAUCUAUUAAUAUCAAAGAUUAGAUGGAGUUUGUAUUAAUGUAAAAAAUAAAACGUCAUCAUACAUCUUCUGAAAGAGAAGAUUCUAAAUAAAUUAGUAGAUCUUAAUUUUUAAGAAGUGUAAAAUCAGAACAUUUAUUGAUUGAAUAAGAAAUUUUCUUUAAAAAAAUUUUAUAGCCAAUAAAAGAAUAAAAAUUUAAAAUAAAACAAAACAAAUGA